UGAGCGCGGGGAGCAGCGGCCGCGGCGGGGAGGGGGGUGGGGCGGGACGGCGCAGCCUCCGGUGCUGGCGCUGAGGGUCCGGGGCCCGCGCUCUGCCUUCUGCUCCUCUGCAGCCGUCCGCAUAUUCCCCUUUUUCUUUUUCUUUCUUUCUUUUUUUUCUUCUUUUUUUUUUUUAACCCUUGCAAUUUUGAACAUUUUGCAAGACUGAGUCGGUGGGAGGCAGGUGAGAGCAUCCUGCCCCAGGGCCGGAGGAGCCCGCGGCGCUCCGUGCGCUUUCCCGGGACCAUCAGCACUGAGAAACCCGAAAGUUUUUUGUUUUUGUUUUUUGUUAUUUUGAUAUUUGUAUGUUGAUAUAUUUACAAAGGCAGGAGUGAUUUUUUUUUUUUUCCCUUCUUCUUCUUCUUCUUCUUCUUCCUUAUCUGCUCUGCUUUGAGAGCGAGUACUUUUUGGUUGGCAAAGGACGGAGGAGGGGAAAAAAAGCUCAUCGACGUUUCGGGACGGCGACCUGGCCUUCUUUUUAAAAAGACAGUUGCGUGCACCACGAUGGAGAAAAUGUCCCGACAGCUCCCCCUGAACCCCACCUUUAUCCCGCCUCCCUACGGCGUGCUCAGGUCCCUGCUGGAGAACCCGCUGAAGCUCCCCCUUCAUGCCGAAGACGCAUUUAGCAAAGACAAAGACAAAGGAAAGAAGCUGGAUGAUGAGAGCAACAGCCCGACAGUCCCCCAGUCGGCCUUCUUGGGACCCACCUUAUGGGACAAAACCCUUCCUUAUGACGGAGAUACUUUCCAGUUGGAAUACAUGGACCUGGAGGAAUUUCUGUCAGAGAAUGGCAUCCCCCCGAGCCCGUCGCAGCAUGACCACAGCCCUCACCCUCCUGGGUUGCAACCUGCUUCCUCCACAGCUCCCUCGGUUGUGGACCUCAGCAGCCGGGCCUCUGCACCCCUCCACCCUGGCAUCCCGUCUCCAAACUGUAUGCAAAGCCCCAUCAGACCAGGCCAGCUGUUGCCAGCAAACCGCAAUACACCGAGUCCCAUUGACCCUGACACCAUCCAGGUCCCAGUUGGGUAUGAACCAGACCCAGCAGACCUUGCCCUCUCCAGCAUCCCGGGGCAGGAAAUGUUUGAUCCACGCAAACGCAAGUUCUCGGAAGAAGAACUGAAGCCACAGCCCAUGAUUAAGAAAGCUCGCAAAGUCUUCAUUCCCGAUGAUUUGAAGGAUGACAAGUACUGGGCGAGGCGCAGAAAGAACAAUAUGGCGGCCAAGCGCUCCCGUGAUGCCCGGCGGCUGAAGGAGAACCAGAUUGCAAUCCGGGCCUCAUUCCUGGAGAAAGAGAACUCGGCCCUCCGCCAGGAGGUGGCUGACUUAAGGAAGGAGCUGGGCAAAUGCAAGAACAUACUUGCCAAGUACGAGGCCAGGCAUGGGCCCCUGUAGGAUGGCAUUUUUGUGGGCUGGCUUUUGAAUAGAUGGACAGCUUGUUUCCUGUCUGGUAGCACCACACCCAAACCAACCUUUCUGACAUCAGCACUUUACCAGAGGCAUAAACGCAACUGACUCAUUUUGGUGUGCAUCUCUUUAUGUGUGUGUUUGUGUGUGUGUCUGUACACAUGCUUAUAGUCCCAUGUGUGGUCAGCGGUAUGUAUGUGUGUAUGUGUGUGUGUGUGUGUGUGUGUGUGUGUAUUCCUUCACACUUGCCAUUUUAAGAUAGUCCUCUUGUUGUCUUUUAGUUCUGAACAAGAAAGGUGCCAUGUUUUUAUUACACUCUGGGGACCCCUGUGGGGUUUCCUCCCCUCCCCUCUCUACUCCUGCCCCUUUCUGCCCCUUGCUUCAUGUCCUAGCCAUCUUACUUUGCCAGGGUCUGCGUGGCUUCAGGAGACAGGUCCCUGGUGAAGUGGCCGAUCUCAGUUGUCAAGAACAUAAGCUCUUGUUUCUGUUUCAACCAUGAAUUGCCGUGCUAAGAAGGUGCACAGCCUACCCUAGCACUACAGCCGAAUUCCUUCAUAGGUUCCCCCUCUCUCCUUUCCCCUCUCUCUCACCGCCCUUUCUCGUUUUCCUUUCAGUUUUGGUGAUAACUCUCUUCAAAUCUAAAGUGCUGUUUAGAUGUAGUAGAUCCCGUAUUUACUUACUGCUACCUACUAAGUUUCCUUUUGACUCCACCAACCCCAGAUAAGCAAGUACCAUUAUAGAACACAGAGUGUGUUUUGCACUGUCUGUACCUAAAGCAAUAAUCCUAGUGUACGCUAGAGCAUGCUGCCUGAGUAUUAACUAGUGGAUGUAGGAAAUUUUCCCUACCUAGGAAUUUCACUGUCUUUUAAAAAAAAAAUCAAAGUAAUGCAUUUGCGCAUGACCGGAACAUUCUCAGGACAGGGAAGCAGAGGGUAAUGGGGAGCCUAAGAAUGAGGGAUUAAUUUAUCGGUAUGUAAGCCAAAAAAAAAAAAAAAAAAAAAAAAAACAUCUUGGUGAAGGCUUUGCCAUGGGUGUGCUUCGUGCUGUCUCCCUUCCCUACACCCAGCCACUCCCACUUUUCUAGUUAACUUUUUCCAUCUCCCUCUUGAUAUUCAAAAUGGUUCAGUUACUUAAGAUUCAGUUCACCUACACCUACUUUUUUUUUUGUAAUAUGUAUUUUGGGGACGACAUUUUGCUGUUUUUAGAAAUCAGUUAAUUAAGUUAAAAGGUUGACGUUUUUUAAAGCACCCCCCCCCCUUCUUGCCCCUUGUGGUGUCCUUUUUUGAAUGCCUCUCAAAUUUAUGAUUCUGUGUUUCUUAUCCCCUGUUUGCUUUUUGAACGUAUGUGCGCCUAUCAAGUGGACUUCUGAAAAAUGAAUGUAAAAGACACUGGUGUAUCUCGGAAGGGGAUGGUGUUGUCACAAACUGUGGUUUAUCCAAUGAAUUUAAAUGUUUACUAUAGACCAAAAGGAGAGAUUAUUAAAUUGUUUAAUGUUUAUACAGAGUAAUUAUAGGAAGUUCUUUUUUGUACAGUAUUUUUCAGAUAUAAAUACUGACAAUGUAUUUUGGAAGUCAUAUAUUAUAUAUAGAAAAGAGAAAAAAAGGAAAACUAUUCCAUGUUUUAAAAUUAUAUAGCAAAGAUAUAUAUUCACCAAUGCUGUUCGGAGGAGUGCUUGGGGGUUUUUUGAAGUCUUUAAUAUUUUAAACCUAUUACUGACACAUCAGCAUGUUUUCUGCUUAGAAUUAAAAUUUUAUGACAAUAUUGAGGCUUGCUGUGACGAAUCCUGCUCCAGCCCUUUCUUGUUUCUUAUUAGGUCUCGGGAGGAAGUCAGUUAACGUCACCCAAAAGCACAAAAUGGGUUUUAGUCAAAUAUUUAUUGGAUGAUACAGUGUUUUUUAGGAAAAGCAUCUGCUACAUAAAUGUUCACUUUAGAGUUCUGAGUUGCUGGCAUGGAGUGUUAUUGCCAGAGCCCCAAAUGAUUUUGUUCUCUUUCGGCCUGUACAUCUCAUGCAGUGUAAGGUUGACCUCGGUGCUAUGUGUAUGGCUUAUGAUUUGAUAGAUGUUUUGACUUUAAAGAUGGUUCUUCUUUUGUUUCACUGAGUUGUAUAAUGUCAAGAGAGUCUGCUGUUUCUUCAAAGGCACAUUUUGUGCUCGAUUAAAAUCCCCUUUCAUCCA